UGCGCGUACUGAGCUGUGAUUACAAGAUGGAAAAUGAAACUAGAAUGGUGGUUUGUGAUCUUGGGAACCCCAUGGUGGCUGGCGCAAAUUUCUCUACAGGAAUUCGAUUUUCAGUUCAGCAUUUUGAAAACGCAGAUUUCAGCAUCAAUUUUGAGCUGCAAAUAAGAAGUUCUAACAAGAUUAAUCCAACCAGCAAUUUAGUUAACCUCCAUAUCAACAUCAGUGCUGUGGCUCAAGUACAGAUCAGAGGAGUGUCUCACCCCCCAACAAUUAUUUUGCCGCUUCACAACUGGGAACCCAAAGAUGAACCUACAAAAGAAGAAGAACUUGGUCCUUUAGUAGAACAUAUCUAUGAGCUGCACAAUAUAGGACCAAGUGCCAUCAACAAUACAGUUCUUCAUGUCGGUUGGCCUGUGUCCAGUCGAGAAGAAUUUCUUCUCUACAUCCUUCAUAUUCAGACACACGGACCAUUGGAAUGUCAGACGAGCUCUCCUAUUAAUACAAUGCAAAUAAAGUUUGCUGUUCCACAAGACACUCCUGAACUUGCUGCUUUUUUAUAUAAUUCCACAAUUUCUCAUUAUAUCAGGAGAAGGGAUGUCAAAGUGGCAGAACCUCACAGGAGAAACUCUGCAAAAAUAUUGAACUGUACAAAUGUGAAGUGUAUCCUAAUUUCCUGCACUGUGGGACAGCUGGAAAAAGGGAAGAGUGCAGCACUAAAAAUCAGGUCCCGGCUAUGGGCCCAAACGUUCCUGGAGAGAAAGAAUGAUCUCUAUACUCUUUCUUCCAAUGUGUCCUUCAAAGUUAGGAGCAUGCCAUAUAAAAUGCAACCAGCAAAGCUCCCCGAGGGAAGCAUAGCAAUCAGAACAUCUGUCAUUUGGUCCACUCCAAAUGUCUCCUUUGUAAUCCCUUUAUGGGUUAUAAUACUAGCGAUACUUCUUGGGCUACUGGUAUUAGCCAUGUUGACCCUCGCUUUAUGGAAGUGUGGCUUCUUUGACAGAGCUAGACCUCCUCAAGAUGACAUGGCUGACAGGGAACAACUGACAAAUAACAAAACUACUGAUGCAUAGAGGAAGAGAGUGACAGUUCAAGUCGGAAUUCUGCCUGAGACUAGAAACAUGAUGAGGAUUAAAUGAAGGAUUCCUUCCACCAGUCUUCCUUUGUUCCUGCAAGUGACACGGUGUCGUAAUCUGAUCUAUGCAACCUUCUGAGAACAUGCCACAUGAUGGCCAUCCUUGCCAAAGAAAGCAGCUUCAUCACUGCCUUACAAACUACUCACCACCAAGCAGAAUGUUUAUCCCACGCUCCUGUCAGUCUACAUUUCAGCAGAUGCUUCUGAACACGUGUGGUAUAUACUGAGAUGCUUCCAGAACAAGCCCAAAUCUCCCAAGGAGAGAACACCUGCAUUGCUGUAUUGUCUCGAAGAUGGACAGGCACAAGCCUUCUGAACACUGCUGUAUCAUGCAGAAUGCCUUUGACACCUCCCUAAGAAUAAGAACUUCUAUGAAAUUAUGGCUCAGGGAGACAAGCAAUAUAUCAGUACUGUGAAGUACUUCUGAAAAACAAAGGUAGUUUAUAGAGAACUUUAUAGAUGGGGCACAAUUAUUUAUUUUUCCACCUUUUCAGGAUAAGUAUCUGAUAUAAUCAUCAACUUAGAUUUUGAGAAAAGAAAGUAAAAAAAAUAGAAAUCAUGUACUUACCUUGCAUGUAAAUAGAAAAGUGAACCCAUUCCACACACAGAACACAUUUUUCUUG